AUGUUUAUGAAAUGUGAUCUGGGAACGGUAGCAAUUGUAUGGUUACCUGAUCGUAUCGUUCAAGUGGUAAACGUUGAUAAUGGUGAACAGAACCGUACACAUACACACAUACAUAUACACGCAUACAGACAUACACAACCAUACAUACAUCUUCUGUGCAUGUACACACACCCACCCACACAGACACAGACACACGCAUACACACACACAUAUAUAUACCUACGUACAGCAAUGGAAUAA